AUGAACUCGUCCGAACUCGGCUCGGCCCGGCCCGGGCGGGCCGAUGUUGGGCAGCGUUUAAAGAAGAGUGCGCGAUCGAUCCGCGUAGAGUCGACUUCACACGCCGCCCGCCUCGGCCCGACUCGGCACGAUGCAGUGGCGCGACGUGUCGAACGAGCCGCCGAUCUAAGACCGGCGCAUCCAGAACGCCUCACGCCGCGGCCGACUCGCCCAUCCGCCGCGGCCGCCGACGAGGCCGCCCAGCCGCGGCGCCGAUGGCAGGCCCGGCCGGCGGCUGAGGUGAAAAGGCGCCAACGAACCGUCGGCCAACCCGUCGCUUUCGGCUGCGCUUACGUGGCCCGCGACUCGGCAAUCUGGCGCGGCCGCAGCCAACCGCAGCGCCGGAGGCCCGACAACGUCACAUCUCGCCGUCGCGUCGUUCGGACGUUGACUCCCAUUCUGGCGGCAACGGAGACGGCGACAGCGACAGCGACGGCGACGGCGACGGCGACUGUGACCGCGACGGACAGGUCGAAUUCGGCGUCUCCAACGCGCCGCCAACCGCAUCAGGACGCUUUUCACUCGUUCGCCUACCGGCAGCUGCUGAACAACCAGCGC